CCAUAAUUUCUCGAACCCCCCCGGCGCUUAUAGAAGUGAUUCUUUGCUAAUAUCAAUUAGUACUCGCAGAGCAGAUUUCAUUAUAUCAAGCUACGAUGGUUGUAGAUACCUCUUAUUAUGACGCUCUUCAGGUGCCUCCCACGGCGACCGAGCUUGAGAUCAAAAAGGCCUACCGGAAGCUCGCUAUUAAAUUGCAUCCAGACAAGAAUCCCGGCGACGAGACCGCUCACGCGAAGUUCCAGGAGAUCGGAGAAGCAUACCAGGUGCUAAGCGACUCGCAGCUACGGGCAGCUUACGACAAAUAUGGCAAGGAAAAGGCAAAGCCGGAUACUGGCUUCGAGGAUCCCUCUGAGUUCUUUUCCAUGAUCUUUGGUGGAGACGCUUUUCAGGACUGGAUAGGCGAGAUUACUCUCAUGAAAGAUCUUACAAAGACUAUGGAUAUAACUAUGAGGGAUGAGAUGGAGGAGGCUGAAGCUGCGCAAGCGCAGGCUGAAGCCGGUGCCCAGAAUUCUACCACUACUGCGGCUGGAAAGACGGCAGAGACGCCAGCGGCAGACAUUCACUCCCAUCCAGAGCAGGGGGAUGUACCACCUCCGGUACCACCAAGGCCGGCUCAUGCCACGGCUGAGGCAGAAGCGUAUCCUUCUCCAACACCUUCAGGCACAAGCACACCUCGUCCUCAGGGCAUACCAACAAGGCUCGCUAUUGACAGCAAGGCCUACGAGGAGCAAGCUGCUAUGGACGCCGCCCAUAUGACUGAGGAGGAGAAGCAGCUGCGUGAGAAACAGAAGAAGAAGGGUUUGACGAAGGAACAGCGUGAAGAGCUGCAUGCCUUCGAGUUGGAGCGCCGAAAACAGAGAGAAGAACGAGUGAACACUUUGGCACAAAAACUCAUCAACUACAUAUCAGUGUGGACUGAAACGGACAAGAGUCCAGAUGUCACCAAAGCGUUCAAGGAGAAGACGAUACUUGAGAUCGAGAACCUGAAAAUGGAGUCUUUCGGCCUGGAAAUUUUACAUGCUAUUGGCGCCACGUAUUUAGCGAAAGGAUCAUCCUUUUUGAAGACACACAAGUCCUUCCUAGGAAUUGGAGGCUUCUGGUCAAAGCUUAAGGAUAAGGGCCAGAUUGCAAAGGAUACUUGGAACACUAUCUCAACCGCUAUCGAUGCUCAGAUGACAAUGGAAGAGAUGGCUCGUGCAGAAGAGCGUGGGGGAGAGGAUUGGACGGACGAGAAGCGGGCGGAGUACGAGAAGAAAGUGACUGGAAAGAUCCUCGCAGCUGCAUGGCGUGGGUCGAAAUAUGAGAUACAGGGCGUACUGCGUGAAGUUGCCGAUAAGGUCCUAAACGACAAGAGCAUCCGCACCGAAAAGCGGAUAGAACGCGCCCAGGCUCUUAUAAUCAUCGGAGAACUUUUUGCCAAAGCCGAGCGAGAUCCUGAUGAAGAAGGAGAUUUCAUGGCCUUUGAACAGUUGAUGGCGGAGGCGCAGAUGAAAAAGGAUAAGAAAGAGGACAAGAAGGCUAAGAAAGACAAGCAAAAGUCAAAAUCUGACGACUAAUGCUAACAUCGUGAUCACCAGAUAUCUGAUCAGGCGGGGUAAGGAAAGGCUGAUAGAGCGAUGCUGCUGUAAGUGCGGCGAUAUUGGCGACACGGAGCCUUAGGAGAAUUUUUCGUCUUUGUUUUGGACUCGAUAGAUAUCCUUGAGCAAAUCUGACAAGAUUCAAGUUUAUUAUCA